AUGGCUAUUGGACUUCAAGGGGUGGACCGACAUCUACGUUUCUGUGUCAAAAUUCUCAAAGCCUCCCAGCUGGAUGAUCCAAGGAACACGGUCCGUGCUGUCUUAAAUCUCACUGGCGGUGUCUUGUGCUGGUUUCUUGCCUUUGAGUGGCACACAGUGCGAGGUCUGUACACUGACAGUCCAAGUGCUUUCCUUCGAGCUGUUCCUGCUGUGGCCCAGCGUGUCUGGAUAAUUGUCGUGGCAGCCACGUUCCUUCUGCUUGAAACGGACCGUAUCAAGAGUAAAGCGACUGAGAAAGAGGCGGCGCAGCUUCGAAGAGGAUACACAGGCUCCAUCGUAGACGCGACGUGCUCCCGCGCAGAAGAUGACCAGCGCAUCCGUGAAGAGAUCGGAGAUAAAAUUGAGGCGGUGGAUUACGCGAUUGAGGUGCUUAUGUCAGCAGGCAUGUCAACGCCCACUUUGCGGGAGAUUGCUUCCAAGGGCGUUAGCAUCCAACAGGCUGCCAAUCCGGCACUUGCUCUGCCGAUGCUGAUGUUCGGACCUUUCCUGGCCAUAACAGUAUUUACACUCGUGCUGGAUGCCAUUUAUUUGGACAGUUUUUGGACUUGGAGGCUGGUUCCACUCAGAACCUUAACCUCUUUGGAGCGUAUCUUGAUGAUACUCUUGAUCCGGCGGUCGCCCCGAGACGAGCAGUGUUUUGAUUACUUGGUGAUACAGAAGUGUGCAGUGGUCUACCUUGCAGUCUUCACGCCUUCGAUGUUUCAAUGUGAGAUGAUUGGGAAACUGUCCUAUCAGAAAGACAGCAUGUGGUUUGUGAUCCCACCGGUGGCCUACACAACGAUGUUUGUUUUCGUACUGCUCGGUUUCAGACGUACUGCAAAUCUUCCCUGUGGACUCGGCCCGUGCCUAGUUCAACUGUUCCUGGCUCGGGACCCAUACGUUCAGCUAACCGCUGCAGCCCACUGCAUUCGGCGCAAAAACACUGCCCCUGAGAGCUCAGAGAGCUCAGACUCCGAGUCAGGGAGGAGCUUCGCCUGA